CUUUAUGUCUGUUUCUGCAGUGAGCACCCCUAAUUUCCCUGAUUCACAACCUGCUGUUAAUCACACCCAAUGGAAUCCAAUCAGAAGGGAAGUGGAGACGGGCUGGCGGGGACGCAGAAAGAGGCCGCACUUCGGGCGCUCACCCAACGGACCGGAUACCAGCUGAGACAGGAGAAUGGUCAGCGGCGGUAUGGUGGCCCACCGCCUGACUGGGACGGACCACCGCCUGAGAGAGGUAGUGAGAUCUUUGUGGGGAAACUCCCGAGAGAUCUGUUUGAGGAUGAACUGGUUCCGUUGUGUGAGAAGUUUGGUAAGAUCUAUGAGGUGAGGAUGAUGAUGGACUUCAAUGGGAACAACAGAGGUUACGCCUUUGUCACCUUCACCAACAAACAGGAAGCCAGAACAGCCAUGAAGCAGCUUAACAACUACGAGAUCAGGAACGGUCGCCUCCUCGGUGUCUGUGCCAGCGUGGACAACUGCCGUCUGUUUGUCGGGGGCAUUCCUAAAACCAAGAAGCACGACGAGAUCCUAGCGGAGAUGCGAAAGGUCACAGACGGCGUUGUGGACGUCAUCGUGUACCCCAGUGCUGCAGACAAAUCCAAGAACAGAGGCUUCGCCUUCGUCGAAUACGAGAGCCACCGGGCAGCUGCCAUGGCCAGACGCAAACUCCUGCCAGGUCGGAUCCAGUUGUGGGGUCAUCCCAUCGCGGUGGACUGGGCGGAACCUGAGGUGGAGGUUGAUGAGGAUACCAUGGCAAACGUAAAGAUUCUGUAUGUGAGGAACCUGAUGUUGCAGACCACUGAAGAAACCAUCGAGAGGGAGUUUAACAGCCUGAAACCAGGUGCAGUGGAGCGAGUGAAGAAGAUCAGAGACUACGCCUUCGUGCAUUUUAGUCAGCGAGAGGACGCCAUCAACGCCAUGAACGCGCUCAAUGGGAAGGUGGUGGACGGCUCUCCUAUCGAGGUGACUCUGGCCAAGCCGGUGGAUAAGGACAGCUACGUCCGGUACACCAGAGGAACCGGAGGAAGAGGAGGCUCGGUUCUGCAGGCCGACUACACGGCCUACACUCUGGGACAGGUGUACGACCCCACUACGGCGUACCUUGGUGCUCCCGUGUUUUAUGCCCCCCAGGCCUACGCCGCCAUUCCGGGUCAGUUCCGUUUCCCAGCAGCCAAAGCGCACGUGGGAGGAAGAGGUCUGAUCAGGACGCCGUCGGUCAGAGAAAUUUACAUGACUGUACCUGUAGGGGCGGCGGGGGUACGAGGGCUGGGUGGGCGGGGCUACUUGGCCUACGCAGCCGGGGGCGGAGCCAUGGGACGAGGAGGUGGAAGUAGCGCCUCCUACGGGCUGAAGGGGGACAAGCAGGCCCAGGAAAAGCUGUACGACCUGCUGCCGGGGAUGGAGCUGACACCGAUGAACCCAGCUGCCAUGAGCAUGAAGGGCACCGGCAUCAAACCACCAACUCAGGUUCUGGAAGAGCUGUGUCAGAAGAACAACUGGGGUCAGCCCGUCUAUCAGCUCCACUCGGCCAUCAGUCCCGACCAGCGGCAGCUAUUUCUCUACAAGAUCACCAUCCCAGCUCUGGCCACGCAGUACCCCAACGUGCACCCCUUCACUCCUGCAAAACUGUGUGCGUCUGUGGAAGAAGCGAAGAUCCACGCGGCUGAACACACCUUGCAGACGCUCGGCCUGCAGACGGAGGGCGCUGCUGACGCCGGCUGUGCUACUGCAGCCGCUGUGGCCUCGGUAGCCUUCCCAGGCUACGCUCUGGCAACCCCGGGGUCAUCGGGCGUGGCCUCCCAGCUGAAGCAGGCCGUUUCUCUGGGUCAGGACCUAACUGCCUACGCCACUUACGAGGGCUACCCCGCGUUCGCCGUGGCGGCUCGCCACACUGACGGAUACGGCGUUUUCUAAAGCUGCUGCUUCCAGGCGUUGAGUUAAACCGUGGAGCUGCAUUUGCGCCACACCGCUUUGCUCACCCGCAGAUUGACUCAGUCUGGGAGACACCAAACACUGCGACCUGACAAGAAGUCAAAUCUGAUUGUGUCUUUCCUAAAACCAAAAGUGAACUGGUGUGAAUGCAGCGUUCUGUUGUUAUCAAACAGGGAGAUUUAAGCGUCUUUUAGUUGGAAACCGGUUCAGUCUCAUCCCACAUCGCUAGCUGCUGCUGAAAACCCUCAAAGCAAACUCUUUCAUCUGUCACCCGUUUCUGCUCCUCGUUUAAUCCAAAUUAUCUGCUCAUCCACGGUUUGGUUUGUGAUGCUGAAAACUGCCUCUGAUUGGCUGAUUCGCGUUUUCUGGCUAGGCGUGUGCAGUGUGGCUUAUCUCUAACUAAGUUGUGUACUUUCUGAGUGUCUUCUAGUGGCAAUUGCAAUGGCUUUUGGGUUGUUAACUUUAGCUUUUUCUUCAGACCUUUAACUCUGCUUCAGUUCUAUGCUUUUUAAGCCAAAUAAAAUAAAUUAAAAAGAAGAGAAAAAAUGCUGAAAAUAAA